CUCCCUCCUCCUGCCGUCGCGAUCUUCAACCGGCAACACUAACAACACACCGAGUCCGACUGCGCGCGACCGAUAUCCUUUGAACUACAAAGACAGAUAAAGCAUAUCGAAUAAUCAUAACACAACGUUUUCCGAGGUUUCGCUCGCAAUCAUAUUCCAGAAACGGGAUCUCCAGGAUACUGCACCUGGAAAACAGACUACGCGUAGCUUCACCCAACCCCAGAGCAUCCUGCAAUCCCAUCGCUGAAAAAAAAAAAAAAAGCAACGACACGGAAGGAAGGAGAUAGUGGGGAAGAAAGAACAAUAGCAACAUAAAAAUAAUGGGUUUGCGCCGAACGCCGCCCCCAGAGGCUGGGGCAGUAGCAGCAACAUCGCAGGCACCAAUACCGCAAGGGACAACACCGAGAGCCAUGACGCCGCGAACAACGACACCAAGAACAAUGACCCCGAGAGCAAGGACCACAAGAGCAACAACGCCGAGGCCGGGGUCUUCAGAUGCAGCCGCCCUUCUUCAACGCGCCGCCGAAGUACUCCAAGCCCUCGGCUCCCUUGAUGCCUCUACGCGGGACGAAAUAACCAUCAUCAAGAUCUCCGAGCCCAUAUCUAGCGCAUUGCACUCAGCUGCAUCCAAGAAUUCCAGCAGCAACAGCGGCAAUGACGAAUCACAUAACCAGCAACCGAGCACCGCCGCCCCGCGCACCUCAGACGUUUCCGCCCACAGCGCUUCCUCCGCGCUCGACGCGCCCACACCCGCCAGCCUCGAGGCCGAUCUAGCGCACUACAAGGAACUCUUUGCCAAGCUCCGCUUCUCCUACGUCGAACAAGUCACCAAAGAAAAAUUCAUACGCGCCAUCGUCGGCGAUCCCCCUUUGAUCGUCACGCCCCAAGAAAAUGCAGACCUCGAGGCGAGCAACAUGGCCGCCAAGGCUUCGCUCAAGGCGCUCAAGACCGAAGUCGCCCUGCUCGCCGAAGACCUCGAGUCCCGCUCGCGCGAGCUCGCAGCGCGGUACGAGCGCGUGAAGCUGGACCGGAUCAAGCUGAGGGAGCUACCGGGGAAGAUGGAGGAGCUGCAGAAGAGGGUGGAUAAGUUGCGGACGAAACAGGCCAUACAGCCAGGGAGCCAGCCGGAGAUGAAUCUGCCGCUGGCGAAGACGGCGGUGUUGGUGGAGGAGCGAAGGCAGAAGGUUAGGGAGCUGGAGCGGCAAGUGGAGCAGCUGUCGAGCUUGGCGCCGAGGAAGAGAAAGGAGAUGGAACGGUUGCAGAUGGAGGUUACGGCUUUGGCGGCAAAGAGGGCGCAGGUGAGCGCGGCAGCAAGGGAGGCGAAGAGGCGGAGGGAGAAUGCGCAGAAGGCGGGUGGGACGUACGAUGAGAUGGAGGCUAAAGGGAGGUGGUAUCGGGCGAGCGAGGCUGCUUUGAGGGAAAUGCUGGGCUUGAAGGAGUGAGGGGAUGGAAAAUGCGUUGUGUUUUGUUUCAGUUACCUCCAUGGGUUCGCGGCUUUGGUCACAGAGGGGUGUUGAUAUCACGGGGUUCGGACCCGGAAUACUGGCGUCAGGAGUAUGGACAGUGGCUUGCCCAUGACUAUAGGCAGGCGGGUGGAAUUGGAGAUGCCUUUUGCGAGUGUUUUUGCAAUCAAAGUUAGCAUUGAGGCCAGGCUAUGUCCCUGCGCAGUUAGUCCCUUUGGACCCAGCUAGACUUUGAUGCCAAUCGCCUGCCGUUUGGAUCAACACACCGGUUACACCUUGACCCAAAUCGGGGGUUGAUGCGGGACGGAAACGGACUGUUGCCGCUGUGUGCCAUCAUGGACUUGGCUUAUAAAGUGCCCUCUGCUCAUCCCAAUCAUGAUCUACACCGCUGAGGUUGUACAAGAUCUCAUCGCCGUGGACAGUCCCCAGUCCCUACACAAGUGGGAUUUGAAGGCGGCCCGUUACGCACCCCAAUUAACCGGCGGACUCGUCGAGUCUCGCCUCACCUUUUGGACCUUCCGCUGCUGAAGUGGCUAGUUCGGGAACGGGAACGCCCCUAUGCCAUAAUCACGCUGUGAAUUCCCUUGCUCUUCAUAAUGUGGUGUGUGUAAACAACCUUCCGGAGCGGGGAAUGGGGAGCGUUGCAUUCAUCGUAACGGUAGCUCUUCUCCGCACCGCCCGGGGCGAUCUAGUCGGGUAGGGGGAAACCUGAAAGGAACGAAUGAAAGGGACGGGCCGAUGGGGUGAUCUGACAUUUUCACUUCUACAAAAGUCAUCGAGGACAAUAAGUACAUGAUCUUUCCAGGUGUCACCAAAUUAAUGGUAGGUACUUAGAGUUCUGUGACAAACG